AUGAACGGUCUGGAUCUCCGCUCUAGCCUGUCGUCUUAUGGCGACCCCAGGCAUUUUUCUACAACUUCGUUCGGGGUUCCCCAACCGCCUCCAACCAAGGUUCUCCUGGAUGGCUACCGCAAUGCUCUCGAUACUCAUAAUGCGGGGAAAUCCCAGUACAGUGCGUUGAAUUUGACCACACAUCCGCACCAUUCCGUCCCGCCGCUCAACCCCAAUGACCCGGUAGCCAUGUAUUUACUCACGGAGACCGCCAUGGGCGAUAGUUUGAACUACGAAAUUCUCUCGCUUGAAGAAGUUGAAGGCUUGAAAAGGGAUUAUCGAGUUCUAUCCAGUCGGACCAAUACCGCCAAACGAAAACUCGCGCUAGAACUGAAACUCCGUGAUGCCGCCAUGUCGCUCAGCCGACUCCACAACCACAGAAGCCCAAGAACCAGUGACGACUUUGAGGCAAGCGGCUCUCCCAAUCCCAAUCGGGACAAGACGGAGGAGGAACUCGCACUGAGUAACCGAAAAUGCGAAGAGUUGGCAAUGGAAAUCUGGAAUCUCGAGCGCAAGGUGCAAGAGACCCAACGGAGAUUACUUGAACACACCGCUGGGGUCCUGCAAUUGACACACAAAGGUCUGAAGAAGAACCCGAAGAACGGAAUCCCCCACACCCCCGAAAGUCUCUCCAGCAACAAUACCAUGGAUGAUUUUGAUGAUCGAAGCUUGUACAAAACGUCAGAUCAUCUCGAGGAUCUGGGAGGCUACGGAGAGCGAGGCCCCGUAUCCAACGGAAUGGGCCCAGAUACAAUGAAUCAGAAUGCAGAAAGGAAACUGGAGUAUUUGAGUGCUAGAAUGCGCGAUAUGAUAGUACACUCCCGCCCGGACAAGGAAUACAGCCAGGUCCCCCAGCCUCCCGACAACGGCGCCCCGAUCAAUCCAUCGGCAAUGGUAGAAGCUCAUCUGACAUAUAUUGAAAACGGGCUGAGCCUGUUAGCCUCGCAGCCCCGGGGCGGCGGUGAGUCCCAUGGUCGAGGCCUGGACGACGAGUCGGCGGAGCAGAUCAAGGAGAUGAGUGCGCAAUUACUCAGCAUCAUGGAAAACCCCGGCCUUCCUCGCUCGCGAACUCUGCCUCAGCUUCCAGGCCCCUCGAGUGAUCUCACUGAACGGCUUUCAUAUCUUAAUACGGGGAUCAGUGGCCUCCACGAGCAGAUUGAAAAGCUGCUGGACCAAAAGAGCAUUCUGACCACUCAAAUUCAGCAGCAACGGGAGCUCAACUCCAAGUCAGAUGCCGAAAGAGAUGCCCAUAUUGCCGACUUGAUCGAACAGCUAGCCCACGUUCGUAAAGAGCUCGAACUCUCCGAACGCCAAGGCCAACAAUCAAGAGAGGACCUGGACCUGUCUAUGCAAGAACUAGAAGAUGUUCGACGGGACUUGGCAGAUCACCAGACCCAGACCAGCAAGGAUCUUGCUGAACCUGACAAAGACGCUCGUGCUCAUGCGGAGGCUGAACUGGAACGCCUACAGAAUAUCAUGGAAGGACUCCAGCAUGAACGAGAUGAGCAUCACGAGACCCGUGUCCAUGCAGAAGGCGAGGUUGCUCGUUUGGAGUCUGUGCUUGAGCAGUUACGCUCCGACCACAAAAGCAAUACUGAGGAACUCACCACCGCACGGUCACAAGCAGAAGGCGAGGUUGCUCGCUUGGAGUCCAUGCUUGAGCAGCUACAGUCCGAUCACGAAAACCAUACGGAGGAACUCACCACCGCACGGUCACAAGCAGAAGGCGAGGCCGCUCGUUUGGAGUCUGUGCUUGAGCAGUUACGCUCCGACCACAAAAAUCAUGCAGAGGAACUUACCACAGGCCGGUCACAAGCAGAGGACGAAGUCGCACGCCUACAGGCUGUAAUCGGCCAGUUCCAGGACUCGGCAGGGUCCCGGGAAAGUGCCGAACGUCAGGUCGAGCAGCUGGAGGAGACCAUCCAUCAUGUCCGUAACGAUGCCGAUUCUCGGGUGAAGGAAGCAAGCGACAUGCGUAUCCAAGCUGAGAGUGAAGUUUCCAGGCUGGAAGCCACGAUCACCCAACUCCGAACUAAUAUGGAGUCACAACUCAAAGAAGUGGAUGAAGCACGUAGCGCAGCUGAGGAGAACGCCUCUAGGCUACAGGUAGAGCUGACCCAUCUUGAAGGCGAGGUCGUUAGGGUACAGACCGAGCUCACCAUGGUCAAGGCUGAGCUUGAUGGUGCUUACGGCACUCGUGCGCAAAGGGCCGCGGAAGCAGCGGCCAACCCGGCCCUUCAAAGGGAGUUCGACGAAUUAAACACUAGAAACAUCGAAAUGGCUCUAGAACUGGCUGCCCUCAAGGCUGGAAAACCAGGCGGUGGAGAUGCCCAGAAUCGGGUCGAAACCCUGGAAAAGGAGUUACGUGAAACGGUUGAUGAUUACGAAGCCAUGACCAAGGCCAGUAUUGAGUUCGAGAAAGAGCGCGAAAGGUUCGAAAGUAUCAUUGACGGGAUGCGUGAUCGCUGCGAGUACCUCGAGACCCAGCUCAACGAAGAGCGGAUCAGCUGGAUGGGCCUUCACAGUAGUGCCUCGUCCAUGGGCCGAGAUGGCCCCUACGAGACAACGUCCACGAUGGUACUCAAGAAUGAGUUCAAAAAAAUGAUGCGGGAUACCCGUGCAGAAAAUAUGAAGAUUCUCAAGGCGGAACAAGAAGAACGCCGCAGACUCGAGACCAUAAUCCGGAAUUUGAAAAAAGAGCACGCGAAUUUGAACGGCAAAUCCGGCCUCGGCCAGACCGUCACGGCUUUAUGAUCACGAUCUCUCACCACUGCACCUUUUUUUAUAUUCUAUUUUCUUCGCUUCUCUCUUAUUCCAUACUUGCUUUCUCCGUUCUGGGUUGUCUUUCGGCCACCCAAUUUCGGUUCCAUGUCAAUCAAUAUCCCAUUCUCCGUAUAUAUUCAGGUUUGUUUCCUAAUUCUCCCUCCUCAGUUGGGGCCAGAGACUUUCCCAUCUCGCUAUUCUUGUCCGGGUCUGCACAUAUCGAUUUCGAAAAUCGUGUACCAUAAUUUUCUUUCUUCUAUCAUGAUUGUUUGUAUCAGCGCUUGGGUGUAUCUAUGAUGCUUUCUAGACCUGCUCUUCUUUUUUUUAUUCAUUUAUUACCUGCCUGCCCAUGUUCUUUCUGCUAGCAGUGCGUCCGCCCUCUCUUGGUUCUUUGAGAGACGACUCAAUUUGGGAAAGUGCAAUGGAACA